CUUGUCUUCUGCGUCGUUUUAUCCGACAUCUCACCAAAGGUACCGGUAGCAUCCCAAUCCGUAUCAGAUCCUCCUGUAUGAAGUUGUUGUUUUGGACGCGUUUAUGAAUAAUGGAUCCAGAGGGUGCCGUAUUUGCGAAGGAAACUCUUGUUGGUUCUUGUGGCACUUGUCGGUAUGGAGUCAGUGCCAUGCAAGGCCACAGAGAUUCCAUGGAAGACGCCCAUAUUGCCACCGCGACAAUGCUGCCUCCAAACCAUGGCCUUUUUGUUGUUUUGGAUGGCCAUGGAGGCGACGAAGCGUCCGAGUUUGCCAGUGAGGAGUUAGCCAGAAUCUUGAGUGAUGACCCAAACUUUGUAGCCUACACUCAAAGAAUACAAGGGAACAACAAACAGAUGAAAAAUAAAAACAAGAUGAUGAAGGAAACGAUAGACCUUCUGGAGAAGGCAUUCACUCGCUCCUUUGUCGAAAUGGACCGAGAGUUGUACCUGAAUAUGUGUUAUGGGGAAGAAGCAGGUGCCUCUUCGGCUGGAAGUACCGCCGUGGCAACGUUGGUGACGCCAGAUCUGCUUGUCUGUGCCAAUAUUGGAGAUUCCAGGUGUGUUUUAGCCUCCAGCUCUACCUCUGCCCCAACGUCUGUGACUCCAUGUGCUUUGAGUGAAGAUCACACACCAGAUUUAGAGGCAGAAGAAAAACGCAUUUUAGACGCGGGUGGGAGUAUUGAAAUGGGACGUGUCGAUGGGGAAUUGGCAGUAUCCAGGGCUUUUGGGGACUUUGAAUUAAAAGAUAUCAACGGCUUGAUGAUGGACGAGUAUGAUCCCGAUGAUCCUGACGAUGUGGAUCAGCUCUUGGAGUACGCCAAACGACAAAAAGUAUCCGCAGUGCCCGAAAUUAGAGUUCACCAACGCAAUGUCACCACCGAUCGCUUUUUGGUAUUGGCAUGCGAUGGAAUUUGGGAUGUAGCAAGCAACGAAGAUUGUGUGGAAUGGAUUGCUGACAUAAUAUGGCAUCAAGGGCAGGAUGACAUGGGCAUCGUAUGUGAAAAGUUGCUAGAUAUUUGCCUGAAACAAGGGAGCAGAGACAACAUGACCAUCGCCAUAGUUUUGUUCGAAGGAGGCCAAAAGUUGCUUGUAAAGUCUGGCAGUGGUCGUGCAACCCGGAAGCGACGCUAACCUUUGAACAUGGGAUUGCGUUUUGAACAUUUUGGGGGGCAGGAACUCCAUUUUGAAGAUUGGGAUCAGUAGAAACAUGCAUGCAUGUUGUUCGAGGUAGAGCUGCAGGGAGGGGUCAACAACAUUAUCAUAGUCGGAGAUGAGGUGAAUGCCAGCUACCACACAAGAGCUUUCAGCCUUCAAUGGAUUUCUUCACGGUGGAAAAAGACACGCAAGUUAUCUGCAUUCUUAUAAUCAAAUUGUUGCUUCGCCUCAAAUUAUAGAUUGGCUGUGAAACCGCUCUUUGGGUGCUUUCAUUACUAAUAAACAGAAGGAACAAUCUUGUUUUCAUUUCUACUGAUAGGCUACCGGGAAGACUAAUCGUUGUAGCUACAUCUUGGCAUCAACGGAGGCACUUUUAAUUUCCAUGACUUGACUCACACCCGGGUAAGGAGGCAUCUUGGGAUGGAGAAGAGAGGUCAGAGCAAGAGAGAGACGUCAGCUUAUUCCUGCCCAUCUUUCGAGUAACACGUUAAUAACGGUAGCAAGAUCAACA